GCAGUGCCGAGUGCUUGAGGCUGAAUCAUCACCUGAUCAUUGCUCUGUCUGAAAAAGCCUUCCUUUCAGUGCCGCAGACCUUGCGUGAUCGGCCUUGGCGAGUAUAUAUGGGCGACGGUCUUGAGGUGAUUGGAAUUCGUACUUUCGUCGACAGACUGCGAGCGCAGCAACGAUAUAUCGAUCUCCAAACUGCUAUUCUGCACAACAAUGCUAUAGAUGAAAUCCGAAGGUUAGCAGAGGCCGGAGAGCCAGUGACAUUGUUGAAAGAUUUCGGGGACAGAAAUCCUUGCGCUCUCAUAAAGCGCGCCUCGACAGACAGCAAACAAGCGCGGAUGGAAGAGCGACUGAGGGCGAUAACUCUUGCUACCAAAGCUCUCCCUGCGAAGUUCCAUUUGCAGCCUGAAGACCUUGACUGGUACAAGAGCCAGGACCCGAACAAGAUUUUCGGCUUUGCAGAGAGCCAAUCGGAUAUUGCCACGUCUGUAUAUACUGGAACAGGCAACCCUGAGUCGAUCGCGUCUGGCCUGACGGAGCAAUCGCGGGCCAAUCAAUUCCUGGAGCCCAGGCCUACUGACGACCAUACGAUAGGGGCGACUUUGUCGAGGCCUUUAUCGUCAGACGAAAUCGCAGAAGUGCAAGGACGAAUAGCUAGCUCGAGACUUGCGGGAACGCAACAUCCUGGCAAUGAUGCUGAUAGUCUGUAUGACAUCUAGGCGCCGUGCUCUUGUUCAUUGUAUCGCAAGUCGGCCCGAGCGACGAAUUCUGCUCAUGCGCACAUAAUAGGGUUCUAAUGCAGAAUAUCCAAUAGGCCCGAGUUCCGGAGACCGCAGUAAACAAGCGUCG